AUGUCUUCUAAACGAUGUGCACACAAAGAUGUGAGAGUGUUCGGCGACACCAUUUGCUGCCUUUCCUGUGGGCUGGUACGCGAUAUGGGCCCAGAAAAGACAAAAUCUGAACAUGAAGCCACUGUUUUCAUCGACCAAACAGGACCGAAAAUGGAACCCUAUACCUACCAAAGCCUUGCUCAAGAUCGUGAUGAGAUUCGACUUCUCAAAUUACUUCCCGGCAAUCCAAUAUAUCUAGAAUCAAAGCACUUGUUCGAAGAGCUAGGGCAAUAUCCUAUUCUCCUUUGUCAGUUGAUAACAGUCGAGUUUGGUAAAGCGCCUCCUUAUGUUGCGCUGUCCUAUACCUGGGCAAACGAAGGCGGUGACGCAGAUCUCACACGAUACAUAAUCAUACGUUCGGAAGAAGAGACAAGAAAUGGCGGUCUCCUGCAUACCACGGAUAUCAACGAGGUCGUGCAUAUCACCAUGAAUUGCGAAGCUGCACUUAGACAGAUCAGGAAUGCAUCUAAUACCGAGUUUGUAUGGAUCGACGCUAUUUGCAUCGAUCAAAACCGGAUCUCGGAGCGCAACUAUCAAGUCAGCAUAAUGGACCGCAUUUACACCAGAGCUGAAAGUGUGGAAGUCUGUAUACAGAGUCAUGCGGGAUUUCACCUCGUCUUGGAUUUACUUGAGGGAGAGGAUUCCGGAAUCCUGACUUCAAUGAGCCACAACGGCCACGGUUCCCUGGACAUCGACAGUUUGCCGGAGCUAAUACAACUCGAUGAAUUCCUCAAGCUUAGAUAUUUCAGCCGAGUGUGGGUCUUGCAAGAGGUGGCACUGGCCAGACACGCUAUCCUACGCGUGAACGAUCGCGGCAUUGCAUUUCCAGAAAAAGCGUUCAAACAACUGGCCAGGUUGUAUGCGACGUAG